CGAAGAGAGAGAAAGGAAUCGAGAGAAUAAUAUAAGGUGGAGGGAGGGAGAGAGCGAAGGAGAAGGGCGAGAAUAGAGAGAUGCAGCUGCGGCGCAGGUUAAGGCCCAGCAAGUUGUUGAUCCUACGGUGGCUGCUAACCUGCGCCGCUUGCACGAUCUCCACCGCGGCGCUCCUGGCCGUACACGUGUCCCCCUCCGGCACCGUUCCCUCCCCCUCCUCCUCCGGGCCUUACAAGCUCUCCAACCGGGAGAUUGGUGUCGCGGAGCUUAAAUGGAUGCAAGAGUUUUCGCCUCUUCAACUCUCUCGGAAGAUUUGGCAGUUGGACGGCGCCGACCGCGAGGUAUCCGAAUUCGAGAAGCUCUGGAAGCCUCCUUCGAACCGCGGUUACGCCCCCUGCGUGGCGCGCGGCUCGUCGAUCUCACCUCUAGAAGAGUCAAGAGGUUACUUGCUCGUUCACGCCAAUGGCGGCUUGAACCAGAUGCGGGCCGGGAUUUGCGACAUGGUAGCAGUUGCACGCAUAAUAAAUGCCACACUUGUAAUCCCAGAGCUUGAUAAGAAAUCAUUUUGGCAGGACACCAGCAACUUUUCAGAUGUUUUUGAUGAGGAUAAUUUCAUUACCUCUUUGGCAAAUGAUGUUAAAAUUGUAAAGAAGCUGCCGAAGGAAUUUGCAAAAGCUACAAAAGCAGUAAAGUUUUUUAAGAGUUGGUCCGGCAUCGAAUACUAUCAAGAGGAAGUUUAUCCUUUAUGGGAUAAUUAUCAGGUAAUUCGAGCUGCUAAAUCUGAUUCUCGUCUUGCUAACAACAACCUGCCCCCGAACAUUCAGAAACUUCGAUGCCGUGCUUUCUUCGAGGCUCUCCGAUUCGCUCCUCCAAUUGAGGCUUUAGGAAAGUUAUUGGUAGAGAGAAUGAAAUCAUAUGGUCCAUAUAUUGCGUUGCACUUGCGAUAUGAGAAGGAUAUGCUUGCUUUCAGUGGGUGCACAUACGGCUUGUCGCCUGUUGAAUCUGACGAACUUGAAAGAAUUAGAGAAAACAUAACAUACUGGAAAGUGAAAUAUAUCGAUCCGUUAGAACAAAGAGCCAAGGGAUAUUGUCCCUUGACUCCAAAGGAGGUCGGUAUCUUUCUUUCUUCGCUAGGAUAUCCGUCAAAUACCCCUAUAUAUAUUGCAGCAGGAGAGAUAUAUGGGGGUGAUUCUCAUAUGGCCGAUCUCGAAUCCCGCUUUCCCAUUUUAAUGAACAAGGAAACACUUGCAUCAGCAGAGGAACUCGGACCCUUUCGUCGCUAUGCAUCUCAGAUGGCGGCUUUAGAUUACAUUGUAUCAGUCGAAAGCAAUGUCUUUGUUCCGUCUCAUUCAGGGAACAUGGCACGGGCAGUUGCGGGCCAUCGCCGUUUCCUCGGCCACAGGAAAACCAUCAAUCCUGACAGGAAAGCACUUAUUCGUUUGUUCGAUAAGAUCGACAAAGGAAUGCUUAAAGAAGGAAAGAAUCUAUCAAGCAGGGUAUCAGAAAUUCACAGAAGAAGGCAAGGUUCCCCUAGAAAGAGAAAGGGUCCCAUAUCUGGAACAAAAGGCAAAGAGAGGUUCCGAUCGGAGGAAUCGUUUUACGAGAACCCUCUACCGGAUUGCCUAUGCCAAUUUGGGAUCUCUUGAUGGAGAUGGUUCUCUUAUUAGCAUGUAAAUAUGACGAGACGCAGCUUUAAAGGAACUCAUUAACACUUUCCACAUGCUGAACUGAAGCAUCUGGAGUUGUUUGCAGGGCUGGCGAAGAAAAAAGAAAAAGAGAGAGAGAAAAAGGAAUAACUUAGCUGUGUACAAAGAGCUGUACAGGUGAUUGAUAGAUCAAAGGUGGAUAACAGUAUAAAUAAAUCCUUUGCCAUAUGGUGUUUAUUUUAAAUUUAUAUGGUGAUUUAUUAUUGUAACAAGGUGCUAGCAAUGUAGGUAGAUACAUGUUUGCUGUAAAAAAGAGUAGAAGAAAGAAUAAACAGUUUGAGGUUCCAAGAGGAAUAUAUAUAUUAUAUACAUACAGACGUUUUGUUUUAGCCCUGUUUUCUGGUGGAAAAUUGUAAACAAAGCCACAUAUUUGACUAUGUAUCGCUAACAAUAUAAAAUAGAAGAACAAGGCCACUCUCAUCAUUUUUA